AUGAGAGAAGCACUCGAGCACUACAAAAUUGUCGUCUUCUUAGACGCAGACGUAGUUCUUCCCCAUCUCCACGUCCCAUUAGAAUGGCUCCUGAACUACUGGGAUAUCAACCCGGAGACUCUCGUCGCUAUGGCAUGGGACCCGGAAGGCGAAAUGAACAACGAUAACCGAGGAAGAUUGUAUCUGAAUACGGGAUUCGUGAUCGCGCAACAAAGUCCGCGCACCAAGGGAAUAUCCAAGAGAUGGGAUACUUGUCUAGAUGGAUCUCGGUAUCCGGAGUGCCCUCAGUGGAGUAACAGAUGGCCACACGAGCAAGGGGCAUUUGGGACUCAUGUGAGAUAUGAAUACGACCUGGUGGAGGAUGUGAAGGCUUUACCGUGUGCAGAGGCGAAUGGGUGGCCCGAAGCGUCGAACACAGAGUGUUUGGGGAGACUCGUGCGGCACUAUUGGGGUGCUAAGCAUUUGGUGGCGUCUUGGGUGCAGGAGAGUGUUUUGCGGUAUGUCAUGCCUCGUCUGCAUGAUCAAUUCUUGCGGGAAUACCAACACAUUGAGGUCAAGUGGAAUGACGGAUCGGAAGAGGAUGAGGAGAAUGUGGUUUGA